GCCUUGUCCCGCGAUGGCCGCGGUCGCCCCGCUGCCAUGCCCGAUGUCCCGGCUGGACUUCCUCAAGGCCUCGCACUUUGCACUGGGGCCCGACCCGCGGCUGCACGUGGGCGCCAUGCAAUCCACGUCGCACCGGGACUUCCGGGCCCACCCAGGGGGCACCCGCGCCCCGCAGUGCCAGGAGCCGCCCCGCGGGUCCCUCUUCGCAAAGGACGCGCGCUGGGCGGGCACCGAGCUCGGGUCGGAGACGCACUGCGCGUACGCGCCCCCGGCGCCGGCGCCGACCGCGCGGUGGGGGACGCGGGGGCGCACCCUCGCCACGCAGGCCAGCAACUUGAGCGUGCACGCGGACCCGCGCAUCCGCACCAGGCUCUCCACGGUGCGCGCCGACUUCGGCUGGCCCGAGAUGCCGGCGUGCGCGAGCGAGCAGAUCCGCGGCGCGCGGCUCAUCUUCGACCGCGACUCGGUGCCGCCUGGCGACCGAGCCAAGCUGCGCAUCCCGCCCACCACCUACCAGGCGUUUUACCCGCCCCACGACCCGUGCCCGCAGCCCCGCGCGCCCUGCUGCCACCUCGGGGGCCUCAACCCCUUCAGGUGGGACCACAGGGGACAGGACGAUGGGACCUCCUACCAGAGACACUUCCAGGCCCUGCCGAGCCCACCGGCCUUGAUGUGUAAGAGGGCCUUCUCCAGCGUGCAACUGGGAGACUUCAAGAUUGGCUAUGGGCCCAUGUGUUCGGAGCAGAAACAAGCCUACAGGCCCCAGGGUCUGCCCCCAGACAGGUAUGACAAGGCCCAGGCCGCAGCCCACAUCCACUAUGUGAAUAUUCGUCCUGGAGAUGGCCUGUUCCAUGACAGGACCACCAAGGCUGACCACUUCUAUGCCCGAGAGCCAGAGCGUUUUGUCCUUCACCAUGACCAGACUCCAGCAUCGCACAUCCUGGAAGGAAACUGGUGCCCUGGUCCGGGCAGCCUCACCACCUCCAUGCAUUUCUUCCAUGGCCAGCCGCCGCCCGUGACCAAACCACCCAGCCGCCACGUGCCUUACGAGAAAUUGAAGAGUCACGUGCGCCUAGGGGACUCUUCGCUGCUCGAACAGUUCUUCCAGACCUCCACGAGCACGGACUAUUGCUCCCGUGCGACGCCGGAGAAGCAGCAAAAAGCGCCCAGUCUCCACUUGCUGCGUAGCAACCUGCCCCGAGGCACCGACGAAACAGAUUUUUUAACCAUGAACCAGAAAAUGCUGAAGCCUCAUAGAACAGCUCCGGCCUCCGUGACUGAGGAGAUGCUACAGCGGUGCAAGUACAGCCACAUUGAGCCCCCGCUGGGCAGACAGCGCUUCUUCUCAACCCAAUAUGAGGAUGAGUUUGCCUCCAAGUACCACGGCCCAGCAGUGCUGAGAUUGGUCAAUCUCCAGGACAGCCAUGUGCCUCUGGGCUCCCCUCACCAGUGGGGCUGUGGGGGUGGGAAGGGAGACGCUUGGGCCCCUCAAGCCCCCACCUACCCAUGCCCUAGCCAGCAAUAAAUACUGCCCUGGCAACAUCCCACCCCUCCCCAUCAGUCAGCCAUGCAAAAGGGUGCUUGUUGGGUUGGGGACGGUACAGGAGAGAGUGACUCCAUCAAAGAACCCUGAACAGACACUUCCUGGGCCCUGAAGGUCAACCUACUCUGAGCAAGGAGGCCAUCCCAGCUUGUGCAAAGGCUUGGCAGCUGGACUCAGUGUAAGGUGUUUAGGUGCACCAACAAAUCUGAAUGCUGCGGAGAGAGGAGUCAUAGUGUUGAACAGGGCAGUGUGGUGAAGGGCUGAGAACACAGGUUCCUAGGGCUGAAUGGACAGAGUCCAAAUCUUAACUCCUCUGUCCUGGAUAGUAGUCUUGGGCAAGUCACUUAACGCCUCUGAGCCUCAUCUGUUUGCUCAUCUAUAAAGUGGAGAUGAAUGGUAGCUCUCUCAUUAGAAUGUUAUGAAUGAGAAAUGUACACACUAGUCAGUGUGUAUGUGGUUGGGGUCAAGGAGGGAGAGCACUUUCCUCUGAGCAUGAAGGUAUGGAGGAAAGAGGAAGAUGACGGUAUGGGAAGGAGCUUUCAAUCGCUGAGAGAGGGGGUGGGGUUCAGAGGAGGGAGACUGAGGGGGUGAAGAAGCUGAGAGUGACCCAGCAAUUUCCUCCAUUGUGAGUGAAACCUGGAAGCUCAAUGGUGCUCUGGCUGGCUGGGCCACUGGUCCCCAGGUCAGAGCUGGGUCCAGGGACAAAUCAGCAAAAGCCAUCAGGAUAUGAUCAAGUCCAAGGGAGGAGGUGUCCAGCCAGGGACGAGAUGGAAAGGGUGAAAAGGAGGAAAAUGGGGUGGAGCCCCGAAGUCCAUUAGUGAUGGGGCUUGACAGGCAUGUCAACAAAUGGUACCUUGGACAGCGCCCCCAUCUUGAAGGUCUGGGGUAUGGUGAGAUUGGCUCUGUCUGGGAUAAAAUGGGCCUUGGUGGCCAUGCCUAGGGCCUGCUUCUGUUGGCUGUUGAGAAUCUGGUUUCAGGGAAUGAACGUGGCUCCCUGACUCCAUUGAGCCACUAAGAGCCAAGCUCAAGACCUGCUAGGAGCCCUUUCCCCAUGGGCAGCAAUUCUGUGAGGCCAGGUUGUCCUUUCCACAGGAAGUACAGGAGUCCAGCUUUGGGCCCCACAGAAUAAGAUGACCCUUUUGGCUGCACUCUUAUUAUCCAUGCAAGGGUCUGCUAGCUGCAAAACACCUCUUCUGCGUGCUUCCUCUAAAGAUCUACAUGACACACUUCUGAAUUACCUCAUGAUGCACCAGGAUUUCUCAAUCCCAGUGCUAUUGACAUUUUGGAUGGGAUCAUUCUUUAUUGUCAGAGGUCCUCCUGUGCAUUGCAGGAUGUUUACAUCAUCCCUGACCUCUAACAGCUAUAUGCCAAUAGCAUUCUCCCUUGACCCCAGCCAGUUGUGACAACAAAAAUAUCUCCAGGCAUUGCCAACCAGGAGUUGCCCUGGUUGAGAACCACUGCAAUAAACCCAUCCUGCAAUGAUCCCCAGACAAAAUCAGCCUCUCCUGAUGAAGCUGGUCUGUUCGUUGAUCAGACUACUCUUAACUAAAAGGCUUUUCCUUUUUGUCUUGCCUGCCAGGAAGCUCAGAAAGCUUACUUUGGCAUUCAUUUCCAUGUAGCUCUAGUUGCAGGAAAAUUUAUGCUCCUGCCUGGUUCUAGGAAUGGUUUAAAACAACCCAGACACCAGUUGAAAAAUAAUGGGUAGGUGUUCCAAGGAGGUAGAUUUCCCCACAAAUUAAAGCAUUUUCUAACAAUGGAACUGACUAGCCCUGAGAUGGGUUGCUAGGAAAGAACCAGAGCUUUACUAGAAAUAUUUUUCGUGCAGAAAGAUACUUCAUCAUGAUUUGGGAUGUAUCUUAUGGAUUUAUGUCUAUCCCUCCCUAUAUUCCACUCACCCUUCCCCACACCAAAAAAGCAUUUCAUAUCAACUACAAAAACCCAAAAGGCUUAUAAAACAAGAGGAAUAAAGUAGGAUUGAACAUGGGAGAACAGAUUAAUCUUUCAAGGAAAACAUCACGGAGCAGCAGAAUUCAGACCUGCCACUUCCUUGUCUUUCUGUCCUUGGGCAAGUGAUGACAUGUUCUGCCCCUCACUUUCCUCAUGUGUAAAAUGGGGUUGGCAACAGUUCUUCCUUCAUAAAGUGAGUACAAAGUUUAAAUAAAACGCACACGUGCCAUUCUUAGAAUAGGGCUCAGCAUUUAGCUGCAGCUUGAUGACAGGUGCCCAUAUUUUUUUAAUGUCUUAGGUCAUUUUUGUUGCAAGUGAUAGAAACCCCGCUCGCUCUAGCGCUAGUAGAAAGGGAUUUUUCUUGACUUUGUUAUAAAGAAAACCACAGGCCCAAAACAGAGUUACCUGGGCCAGGCUAAGUCACCAAACCAGGGGUUAAUACCUAACCUAAUUGCAAUUUCAACCUCCCCCAGAAAUGUAAAUCUUAAUCUGCCAAUCAGGAGUUUUUUGAUAAGCACCAAUAAGGUAAUUUGUCACAUGGGCCUUCUCCAUGGGCAGAAGAUGAAGUAAUCCAUCUAAUAAGAUCCCUACCCAUCCCCUAAGGGAAAGAGACUUUGCCUGGAACAAUCCUUUUCUUUUGCCUAUAACUUUCUUGCCUUAACCCCCUUCCUAUAAAAACCUUCCAUUUUGUACAACCCCUCAGAGUGCCCCUCUGUGUUAGAAGGGAUGCUACCCAAUUCAUUUAUCUUUUAAGAUUUUACUUAUUUGUGAGAGAGAGAGAGA